UCUGUAUUCAGCUGUUGUUUUAAACUGAACGUCUCAGGACUCCUACAGCUGCAGGACUGGCACAUUAUUCCUCAUUAUAAUGAUUGCAUACGUUCUAUAUAGCGCUCUUGCGGGUUUGGCAUUUUUGGCAUUUUUGCUGUACUUGCGAAACCCUUAUUUUUUGAAAGAUUUAAAUUACACAGUAACUGCAAUUAAAAUCGCCAUGCAAUUAAGAAAAUUCAAGAAGCAGAAACCGUUUUACAGUAUUUUGGAUCGUUUUCUGGAUAAAGUUGCGAGGCACCCGCAGAAGAAGUUCAUACUUUUCGAGGACAGCUCAUACACUUACAGCCAAGCCGACAAAGAAAGCAACAGAGUGGCCAGAGCUUUAUCCACACAUGCCAAGCUGAAAGAGGGGGACACGGUGGCCUUGUUCCUGGGUAACGAGCCGCAGUUUGUGUGGGUCUGGCUCGCACUGACCAAGCUGGGAUGCACAGCUUCUCUGCUGAACUACAACAUCAGAUCCAAAUCUUUGCUGCACUGCUUCUCCUGCUGUGAAGCCAAAGUCCUGGUCGCUGGUGCUGACUUGCGAGACGCUGUAGAGGAGGUGUUGCCCACCCUGAAUCAGCAGGGUGUCCGUGUCUUUAUCCUCAGCGAGGAAUGUGAUGGGGAGGGCAUUGAAAGCCUGUCUGAUAAGGUUCAGCAGGCCUCAGACCAGCCUCUGUCACCAGAGCUGAGGGCCAACAUUAACAUUAAGAGUCCUGCGCUAUACAUCUACACCUCAGGAACCACAGGGCUUCCCAAGGCAGCUGUAAUAAACCACGAGAGGCUAUGGUUGGCAUCUUUUCUUCAGGCUGUUUCUGGCGUACGCUCAGACGAUAUCAUCUACAUAUACCUGCCUCUUUACCACAGCGCUGGCUUUCUGAUGGGACUUUGUGGAGCCAUAGACAAAGGUCUCACUAUUGUUUUAAGACGUAAAUUCUCUGCUUCCCAAUUCUGGAAUGACUGUAGGAAGUACAAUGUGACUGUUAUUCAGUACAUAGGGGAAAUUAUGCGCUACCUCUGCAACGCACCAAAGAGAGACAAUGACAGAGAUCAUAAAGUCCGAUUGGCUUUGGGGAACGGGAUAAGGGCCGACAUAUGGGCUGACUUCCUUCAACGGUUUGGGGACAUUCGUAUCUGUGAAUGCUACGGAGCGACAGAGGGAAAUAUUGGCUUUGUCAACUACGUUGGCAAAGUUGGAGCAAUUGGCAGGGAGCAUUUUCUCCACAAAAUGGGGUGUCCGUAUGCCCUCAUAAGAUAUGACACAGAGAAAGAGGAGCCUGUCAGAAACUCCAAAGGAUUUUGUAUUGAAGUCCCCAGAGGAGAGACCGGUUUGUUGGUGGCAAAGAUCGGCGAAAGAACACCUUUCAGCGGCUACGCCAAAAACAAGCAGCAGACAGAGAAGAAGAAGCUGAGGGAUGUGUUUGUGAAGGGAGACUUCUACUUUAACAGUGGCGACCUUCUAAAGAUUGACAAUGAGGGAUUUGUCUUCUUUCAAGACCGCAUUGGAGACACUUUCAGGUGGAAAGGAGAAAAUGUGGCAACCACAGAGGUAGCCGAUCAUUUGCUCAUGGUGGACUGCGUUGAGGAGGCUAAUGUCUAUGGUGUGAAGGUGCCAGGACACGAAGGAAGAAUUGGAAUGGCAUCACUGAAGUUGAAAGAAAACAUGGACUUUGACGGCAAAACGACAUAUCAGCAUGUCAAAAACUAUCUCCCCAGCUAUGCAAGACCACGCUUCAUUCGCAUACAGGAUGCACUGGUAGUAACUGGGACGUUUAAGCAAAUGAAGGGGAAACUGGCAGAGGAUGGCUUCAACCCUGCUGUCAUCAAGGACCCUUUGUUCUACCUGGAGGACAAUAAGGGCUACGUACCUAUGACUCAGGAGAUAUUCAACUCCAUCGCAGAGGGAAGAGUCAGGCUCUGAAUGAGUUCAGUGUUUAUUAUUGGAUUGUCAACCUCAAAUAGUACAUUUGAUUUUUAAGUUUGUGUGUGAUACAGGAUGCCAAAUAAUGAUAGAUGACCUGCACAUUGAGUGUUUAUGUACAGCACAUUUCAUGCGAUACUUUGUCUUCUGUGGAGAAUAAUGCACACUGAAAUAUGUCAAGGGAUAUAAUUGUGUUUGAAAUACAUUUUAAUAAAAAUAUAUUAAAAACA